AUGGCCUCCAAGGAUAUCUGGACCGUGAUCUCCACGGAGGACUCAACCAAGAAGCCACCAAAAGCAGCGGAUGGUGCUGAAGGCGAAGCAGUCGAGAAACUUAUGGCUGUCCCAACACCUGAGGAGCGUGACACCUUUACACUAAUUGUCGGUCCUCGUGGAUCUGGCAAAACCUCACUCACAGCCAAUUUCCGCAAUUCAUCAAAAGCCGAGGAGAUCAAGCCAACCACCGCGUUAGACUACGUGUUCGUUCGACUGCGUACUGCUGGACGACCGUCAGUAGCGCACAUGUGGGAAUUAGCGAGUACCAAAUGUGUAAACGAAAUGAUCAAAGUCCCACUAGGACCGGAGCGUGUCUUGAAUGGGGCGCUGGUGAUUGUACUGGAUCUGUCGGCUCCUGGAGACGUCGUGGCGGCAUUGGUGAAGUGGUUAACCACACUUUACACAGUUGUAAAAGAGGUUCUGAAGGCUAAAGAGAAGAAUCCAGUGGACAAGUUCGCUGUUGAUGCGCUUAAACACGACGCCAUGGCACGGUAUGGCAACGGACACCCAGACAGGGAUGAAGUCGCACCUUUACCUUUGCCAGUACUGGUAGUAGGCAACAAAUACGACACGUUUCGAGACGAGGACUCAAUCAAGCGCAAAGGGAUCACUCAGGCAGUAAGGUAUCUCUCACAUAUGUACGGAGCCAGCGUCCUGUUCACCAGUAUGAAGGACAAGAACCUCGUGACACAAUUCCGAUCAAUCAUGAAGGGGUUUGCGUUCCGAGCCAUGGCUCGAGGUGCCAGUAAAGAGGUCGAUCCCGCCAAACCAUUAUUCGUGCCAGCAGGAGCUGAUCUAUUCGAGGAUAUUGGUGUUCCAAAGAGCGCAGCGUGGCGUCAAGAUCGAUUCGGGAAAGAUCAACAUGAAGAAAAAGCUCGACAAUGGAUCAAGAUUGCAAGCGAGUAUUAUCCGCCGUCAGCUAAUGCAAGUGAAGACCUGCUUACUCAGAAAGAAUUAAGCGAGCAAGAUGAUAAAGACGGCGAGGAAUCGUCGAAUCAAUUCCCUGAGCCAAACAUCGAUCGUGCACGGCAGCAGAAACAGGAGGAGCUGCGUCGAUACCGCGACAACCGCCGGAAAGCACAAGAACGCAAGUCCCGUGGUGCGUGAGACUCCACGUCAAUAUAAAGAGGACUCUUUUGCACCUACUGAAUCAAUAAACGACUCGAAAUUCUCGAGUAAAGCCCUCAAUACUGCAGAAAGUGUGCCUAUUAGCAUUCAAUUAUGCAGCACCCC